AUGUCGAGCCCAAAAGAUUCCAGCAUGUUCACGGUAUGGCUACAAUCGUAUACAGAAGUACCCCAACAGUCCAAAGCAAAAGUACCUUACGGCCUCGACGGAGAUGGGUGGCGGCAUCUUCAUCUUCUUCCUCUCUCCCUGAUUGGGUUAUCUCUUGAAGAGACUAUUCAAGUUCAUUCUAUCGUCGAUAGCCAUCUCUAUCUUUUGUCGCCCAAGCCUCUGCGAUACAUGCCGUCAUUGUUCCGAUAUCUUCUUCGACUGCCAAUUGCCAAUGUUAGCCGGCGCAAAGUGGAAAGAGAUCUGAUUACCUUUAUCGGGUGGUAUAUUCUCCAUGAUCUACCGCCAGAUACACCUCGUUCGAUUGUCGAUGCAGAAACCGUAGAAAGUCACGAAUCACGAGUUGAAAGGGGUUUGAAAGAAAUGAAAGGAUGGGACUGGGGUGAAGUUGACGAACUUUUUCUGGAAAUGGCGGAGCCUGUUGUCCGCGAUUGUCGAUCUGUCAAAAAAUUGACUGAUUUGGCUGGUGAACCACCUGCUUCUACAAGUAUGGACCCUGAUGAUGGACUCUGGCUGGUAAUCACCGACCAGCUAGUCUUUUGGUGGUGUGUAUUCCAUCAUGGUCUCCAAUCACUCGGAGACGCUCAAAGUACUUAG